AUAUUUUAGAAUGCCAUGAAUUAUAAAGAUGUGCAUAUUGACUUCACUUGGGAAGAGUGGACUUUGCUGGAUACUUCUCAGAAGAAUCUCUACAAAGAUGUGAUGCUGGAGACCUAUGAGAACCUCAAUGAUAUAGGAUACUCUUGGGAAGACAAUAUUAUUGAAGAACAUUGUGCAAGUUCAAAAAGACAUGACAGGCAUGAAAGAAGACAAACUGGAGAAAAUUCUUCUGUAUACACACAAUGUGAUGAAGCCUUUGAAAAUAACAGUUAUCUCCAAAGUCAUGAAAGAACACACACAGGAGAGAAAUCAUAUGAAUGUAACCAAUGUGGUAAAGUCUUUGAAUAUCACAGUUAUCUUCUUAUUCAUCAAAGAAGACAUAGAGGGGAGAAAACCAACAAAUGUAAUCAAUGUGGUAAAGCCUUUUCUCAGCCCAGUGCACUUCAAAAUCAUAAAAGAUCACAUACUGGAGAGAAACCCUAUGAAUGUAGUCAGUGUGGUAAAGCCUUUUCUCAGCACAGUGCACUUCAAAAUCAUAAAAGAUCACAUACUGGAGAGAAACCCUAUGAAUGUAAUCAGUGUGGUAAAGCCUUUUCUCGUCACAGUACUCUUCAAAUGCAUAAAAGGACACAUACUGGAGAGAAACCCUAUCAAUGUAAUCAGUGUGGUAAAGCCGUUUCUUAUCACAGUCAUCUUCAAACGCAUAAAAGAACACAUACUGGAGAGAAACCAUAUGAAUGUAGUCAGUGUGGUAAAGCCUUUUCUCAGCACAGUACUCUUCAAUCGCAUAAAAGAACACAUGCUGGAGAGAAACCCUAUGAAUGUAGUCAGUGUGGCAUAGCCUUUUCUCAUCACAGUACUCUUCAUAAUCAUAAAAGAUCACAUACUGGAGAGAAACCCUAUGAAUGUAAUCAGUGUGGUAAAGCCUUUUCUCAGCACAGUACUCUUCAAUCGCAUAAAAGAACACAUGCUGGAGAGAAACCCUAUGAAUGUAGUCAGUGUGGCAUAGCCUUUUCUCAUCACAGUACUCUUCAUAAUCAUAAAAGAUCACAUACUGGAGAGAAACCCUAUGAAUGUAAUCAGUGUGGUAAAGCCUUUUCUCAGCACAGUACUCUUCAAAUGCAUAAGAAGACACAUAAUGGAUAGGUACCAUGGAAAAGUAACCCGUGUGGUAAAGUCUUUUCUCACAACAGUAAUCUUCAAAUACAUAAAAUGACACAUAAUGGAUAGGUACCAUGGGAAAGUAACCCGUGUGGUGAAUCUUUUUCACAGCACAGUAAUUGACUGCAUCAGAAAUUAACUCAUACUUGGUGAUUAUGGAAAUUUCCAAGGCCAAAUCUCAAAAAAAUGAUGGAAAUGUACAAAAGAAAUGAUCAGGAUGGAAGCUGACAAAAAAUGUCUUUAAAAGAUGGUUGGCUAACCAAAACCACAAGAAUGAGUUUAUCUCCCAUAUGAUAAUAGUCAUCACUGGGACCGCACAAGUCCACAUGUCAGAUGUACACCUGCUUGAUUUUAUACCUCCUGUUAGGAGAAAUUAGGAACUUUCAGGCUCGAACUCUGACUUGUCUGAAUGGGCUCAUAUUCUGCUUCCCUGAUACCUGGAAACAUUCAGUUUGGAACUCUGAAUGGUGGUGACUUGUUGGGAGCCAUACUUGUUGGCAUUAACCUUUAGGCCUAAACUUGGCACACCACAUGGUUAUAGAACUGUCUUUUGAUUAUAAAUGACUCCCAGAA